GGCGUCUGUCACACAAAUCACUGAGCAACCGAAAAUAUGAAGUUCCUUAUUGUAUGCGCCUGCAUGUUGGUCAUUGCCUUCGCCAACGAGGAAGCCAAUGUACUUAGGAGCGAGCAAGAAGUUGAGCCCGAUCGUUUCAACUAUGUACUUGAACUCGACAAUGGUGUGCUCCUAGAGCAGCAAGGUCGCUUGGAAGGUGAUGAUGUCUGGAAGGUGGAUGGAUCUUUCAAAUUCAUCUCGCCAGAAGGUGAAGAGGUCGGUUGGUCUUACAAUGCCGAUGAUAAUGGUUUCCAUCCCGAUCCAAACAGCAAGUGGAUCCAUCCUAUCCCUGAGCACAUCCUCAAGUCCAUUGAAUACAUUAAGAACCAUCCAAGCCAAGAAUAAUGUGCUCACACUGUAAGAACUAAUUACUCUUUCAUUUAAGUUUUAAUUUGCUUGCUAAUGAAAAUAUAUGGACGAAUGUGAUAUUAA